UGGGUGGAGGACAUGAAGAGAGGAGGGGCGCUUGUCAAAUGUGGUCGUGUGCUCGUCAAAAAGUGUUUGUUGUCGGUGUGAGUGAAAGCAGGCGGCCGCMGCUGUUGUGUUCGGCUCGUCGUGUUCCGGAUGCUCCGGGACGAAGUGUGUUCGUCUCGCGGACCUCUUCUCUCCACACACACAGCUGCACAGAGGCUUUGCGCACGUCUGAACGGAGCUAGAGAGACUCGAGAACGGAGCGGACUUGUUGCGCGUCUCCGGACUGAGCGCACCGUUCCGGGUUUCAGCCAGCCUCGACCUGCGCGUGAUGCUCCGCUUCGAGCGCCUUUACGAGCCGUGUUCGAACUGAGUGUGGACUCGGAGCUCAGGCUGACCGUCUGAAAUCKGCUCGGAAUGAAGAGCGUGUAGAGGAUCGGCUGAAGCCCUCCCUCCUGGCWUAAAGCAAACUUUAUUCAUCCGGUUUGAUUUUCUGUUCCUCCCCGCUGCUUCCAAACUGAGCUCUCCCCAUACGCCUCCACCACCUCCUCCUCCUCCUCCUGCUCGUCGACAUGUCUGAGCGUGAUGGAUGUGGAGACGGAGGGCUGUGCAGCGACGGAGCGGCGGACAACAUUCCACCGAGGGCGCCUCGCGGCCGGCGCAGCGGCGUCAUCGUCCCCGGCGGCGCGCUGGAGCCCGACAUCAUCCUGCUGGAGACAGUGAAGGCAGCUCCGCGCCGGAGCAGCAUCAUCAAGGAUCCCUCAGUGCAGAAAGUGGGUGGAGGCAGGAAGAAGACGGUAUCCUUCAGCAGCAUGCCCUCUGAGAAGAAGGUAAGCAGUGCAGCUGAUUGCUUAGCCUUCAUGCAAGGUGGAUGUGAGCUGAAGAAGAUUCGGCCCAACUCAAGGGUUUACUAUCGUUUCUACACCUUGGAUGUAGACCUGAGCUGUCUUCGCUGGGAGCCAUCUAAGAAGGAUACUGAGCGGGCUCGGCUGGAUGUCUCCAGCAUCCGGGAGGUUCGCACCGGGAAGAGCACUGAGACUUUCCUCCACAAUAAUCCUCUGUCUGAGCAACUGGCUGAGGAAGCAGCCUUCUCCAUCAUUCAUGGGGAUGAGUACCAGUCUUUAGACUUGGUUGCACUAUCAGCAGAUGUGGCCAACAUCUGGGUGACAGGCUUGCGCUACCUUCUUGCCCACCCGUCAAUCAUCGGAGGGGCUGGAGGAGGGGGUACAGGAGUUGGGUCAAGUGAUGGAGGAGGUGUGUCGGUAGAAGGCAGCCUUGGAAGCAAGAUGAGGAGCGAGUGGCUGGCAGCAGAGUUUGCACAGGUAGAUGAAGAUGGAUACGGAAUCGUAUCAGAGGAUGUGGCUGUUGCUACAAUCUGUGAGCUGUGCCCAGGCAUCAAGGAGGCCAAGGUCCGUCUACGUUUCAAAGAGAUUCAGCGCAGCAAGGAGAAGCUCACCUCUCAUGUGACGCGUGAGGAGUUCCAGGAGGCCUACUGCGAGCUUUGCACACGGCCUGAUGUCUACUUUCUUCUGGUGCAGCUGUCCCAGGAUCGUGAGUACCUGGAUCCUCAGGACCUACGCCUUUUCUUGGAGACGGAGCAAGGUUUGUCUUUGGCGACAACUGAAGGCUGCUGGGAGCUCCUGAAGCGUUACGAGCCUUCAGCUCAGGGUAGGGAGCAAGGACUGAUGGGUCUAGAUGGAUUUGCUCGCUACCUUCAGUCUUCUGAGUGUCAACUACUCGACCAAGAGCACCUGGGAGUUUGCCAAGACAUGAACCUGCCUCUGUCCCACUACUACAUCAG